UCCAGGCCUCUCCUUCAAUCUGGCCUAAUUAAAACGUUGACUUGAAGAGUUUACUCACAGUUAACUUGGUCUGUUGUUUCUAGAGAAAUUUUGUUAGCGAUGGACAUAUUAGACAAAGCAGAAGAUGCAUUGAAGAAUGCCUUGCUUAGCAUACCAUUUAUUAAAAGAUCAGUCGAUUAUGUCCAAUCUAUUCCUACGCACAUGGAUUUUGAAGGCCAAAAGAAAGCAGAAAAGCUGUACCAAGUCAUAAUAGCGUUAUUUGCGAUUGUUGGAUUUAUCUAUGGAUUCCUCGUAGAACAGUUUUCACAAACAGUUCUGUUUGUUUUUAUUGGUGCUGGUAUUUCUUCUCUGCUUGUUUUACCUCCUUGGCCAUGGUUCAGGAGGAGCCCACUCACUUGGCAGAAGCCAGAGAAAAAGAAGACAGAAGAAAAACCAAAGCAACAAAAAGUCAAAGAAUACAAGGCAAAAAAGAACCAAUAACCUGUAUCUCAGGUAUCUGUAUUGUUAAUAUAAUGUCAUAGCA